AUGAAUUGGCUGCUUGUUGUUUCUCAUCUUCUUAUCAUUCUGGCAGGUUCUGCCUGGGGCUCUGAUGAUGAGACCCGUCUGGUGAAAACCCUGUUCACUGGCUACAACAAGGUGGUGCGUCCUGUCGCUCACUUCAAGGACCCAGUGGUGGUUACAGUUGGCCUGCAGCUCAUUCAACUCAUCAGUGUGGAUGAGGUCAACCAGAUUGUUAACAGCAAUGUUCGACUGAAACAGCAAUGGAAGGAUGUGAACUUACAAUGGAAUCCUGAGGAUUAUGGUGGAAUCAAAAAGAUAAGAGUGCCCUCCACUGACAUUUGGCGCCCUGACCUCGUUCUCUAUAACAAUGCUGAUGGUGACUUUGCCAUCGUUCACGAGACCAAAGUGCUGCUGGAGCACACUGGCAUGAUCACGUGGAACCCCCCUGCCAUCUUCAAGAGCUACUGUGAGAUCAUUGUGCUGCACUUCCCCUUCGACCUGCAGAACUGCAGCAUGAAGCUGGGUACCUGGACCUAUGAUGGCAACUUGGUUGUCGUCAAUCCCGACAGCGACCGUCCUGACCUGAGUAACUUCAUGGAGAGUGGAGAGUGGGUGAUGAAGGACUACCGCAGCUGGAAACACUGGGUGUACUAUGCCUGCUGCCCAGACACGCCCUACUUGGACAUCACCUACCACUUCCUGAUGCUGCGGCUGCCCCUCUACUUCAUCGUCAACGUCAUCAUCCCUUGCAUGCUCUUCUCAUUCCUCACUGGCCUCGUCUUCUAUCUGCCCACUGACUCUGGUGAGAAGAUGACUCUGAGUAUCUCUGUCCUGCUGUCUCUGACUGUGUUCCUGCUGGUCAUCGUUGAGCUCAUCCCCUCCACAUCCAGUGCUGUGCCGCUCAUCGGGAAGUACAUGCUCUUCACCAUGGUUUUCGUCAUUGCCUCCAUCAUCAUCACUGUCAUCGUCAUCAACACCCACCACCGUUCCCCCAGCACUCACACCAUGUCCCCCUGGGUUCGCAAGAUUUUCAUUGACACCAUUCCCAACCUCAUGUUUUUCUCAACAAUGAAACGUCCUGCAAAGGAGAAACAGGAUAAAAACAUCUAUGGUGCUGACUUUGACAUCUCAGACAUCUCAGGCAAGCCCACCCCUACUGCAAUCACCUACCAGUCCCCCAUCACCAAGAACCCCGACGUACGCAGUGCUAUUGAGGGGGUGAAGUACAUCGCUGAGACCAUGAAAUCUGAUGAGGAGUCUAACAGUGCCGCUGAAGAGUGGAAGUUUGUGGCCAUGGUGCUGGAUCACAUUCUGCUGUGUGUGUUCAUGGGGGUGUGUAUCAUUGGCACACUGGGGGUGUUUGCAGGCCGUCUCAUUGAGCUGAGCAUGACGCCCUAG